AUGAAUACUAUUUCCACAUCACACCAGGAGUCACCAACUCCUAGCAAUCGAGUGUUGGCUACAUUCGGCUUAUCCAAAGACCUAUCACAACCAAUCAAUAUCAAGAUCAAUUAUAUGCAAUGUACAAACCCCAACCUUGAACUAGCGACCGUUUCGGAAAAGUUUGCAAACCCCCAGGUAUUCCAAAAAUUAUCCAAUAUAUAUCGAUAUCUGGACCUAUACGUGACGAUUGAGGUUUAUGAUGGUAAAGAUAACAAUUUGAUCAGUAUACCGAUUCAAACGUCGUACAAGGCAUUCAAUAACAAGAAGCGAAUAUGGAACCAAGUCUUAAAGUUGGCUAUAGAUGGUGAUCAAGUGUGGUAUGAUUCGUAUGUCAAGUUUUCCGUGAUAGAGAUUGUCGAUACAAAGCCAGUUGUAUUUGGGGUGGGGUUCCUUAGUCUAUUCAAUCACAAAUCAUCUACGUUGCGAAGUGGGUCGCAUAAAGUUCCUAUAUAUACUGAAGCAGAUGUUGAUUCUGAAGCAGGGAAGUUGAAUUAUGGUACAUUGACUGGAUUGACUACUUUAGAGCAAGAUUUGAUCAACUACGAAAAUGGACAGUAUCCUCGAAUAAAUUGGCUUGAUAAGAUUGCAUUACCCAUGAUUGAUGUGACUUCAGAUUGUACCCGCGAUCACGAUUAUUACUUGUACGUUGAGCUUCCGCAAUAUGAGUUUCCUAUUGUGUAUUCAGACAUCACUUACAACGUACCGGGAUUAGAACCGAGAACGAGUGUCAAUCCGCUAUUAAACAAUGCAACUACAAGCAAGGUGAUUAAUUCAAUUGAUAUCCCCAUGUCGACUUCAUCCGAUCCCAAAGCUGCUAAAAUCUAUGACCCUGAUUUCCAAUUAACGGCAAAUUAUGCUGGUACAAAUAAUGCUCCUAAUGGCACUGCUGCUGGUGCAACAACAACGCCCAAUGCAAAUACAAACGGCACUGCUAAUGCAACGAAUCUAAUGUUGGACCCAAUCGAGUUGAAGUUUCAUAAAUUGGAGAGAAAUAUCAACAAUAACUCCAUCAUUGAUAAGGACUUGAAACCGUCGCCGCAAUUACGUGAUGAAUUAUUGAAAAUAUUGUUGAAACCAUCCAAUGCUGAGUUGACCGACAAUGAAAAGAAUUUAAUGUGGAGAUUCAGAUACUACUUCAGCAAAAACAAUUCCAACGAUUCAACCAAUAAGGCAUCGACUAAAUCCUUCUUGCCCAAAUUUCUUAAAUCAAUCAAUUGGGAAAACGAUUAUGAGUUGGACCAUACCUUCAAGGAGAUCCUACCUUUGUAUUGGAAUGUCGAAAAUUUACAAAUUGGCGAUGCAUUGGAAUUGUUGGGUAGUUUUUUCAAUCCUCAUGUGUUGGGAAGGCCACGGUACCCUGAAGAUAACUUUGCUUCCAAGGGCGAUACUAAAUUGAAAGAAGAUGAAGUGAAAUUUCAAAAAGUGUUUGAUAAUGUUUGUUAUUUGAGGAAGUUGGCGGUUGAACGAUUGAAAUUGGCUAGGAGUGAAGAGUUGUUGCUUUAUCUUUUACAGUUGGUUCAAGCUUUGAAAUAUGAGGCGUUGAUUUAUCAAGAUAUUGCACAGGUGGCAAAGGACAAGAGGAAUAAGGACGAUAUUGAAGAUGAAGGAUCCACCACGGUUCUAAAUUGUAUGGACCUACCCCUUGCCAAAUUUCUUAUUGAACUAGCGGUUGAAAAUGAAAACUUGGGCAAUUUCUUUUACUGGUAUGUCAAGGUGGAAAAUGAAGAUACAUUGAGUCAACAUGGUGCGACCAGCAACAUUUAUGGAAUCAUAUUGAACAAGUAUAUUGAAUGUUUGCAAACAUAUUGCCACGAACAUAAAUUACCCAAUUAUAAGCAUCUUAAACGCCAAAUUUGGUUUAUUAAAAAGCUUACUCAUUUGGUCGAGCUAUUACGAACUAGUUUCAAAAAGGGUGAAGCCACUGCUAAAAAAGUGGAUUUUCUACGCGAUUAUUUAUCUUCAUCAACUAAUGAGUUACUCAAGUUUCCUGAACCGUUUCCCUUGCCAUUAGACCCAACUGUUAUGGUUUGUGGGUGCUAUCCUCAAGAAUCCUCCGUGUUUAAAUCAUCGCUAGCUCCCUUGAAAAUCACGUUGAAGACGAUUGACCAUAAGCGUAAGAAUCGACAGACUUCACAAAUAUUUGGUAAAAGGACAACAAACAAGUAUGGCAAGUACCCAUUGAUGUUUAAGGUUGGUGAUGAUUUGCGACAAGACCAAUUGGUUAUUCAAAUUAUUAAUUUGAUGGACCAGUUGUUGAAGAAUGAGAAUUUGGAUUUGAAGUUGACUCCGUACAAGAUCCUUGCUACUAGUCCCAUAGCGGGGCUUAUUCAAUUUGUGCCGAAUGAGACAUUGGAUGUCGUCUUGUCAAAGUAUACUCAAGUGCCGCCACCACCAGCAGGAGCAGGUAGUGCUGCUGGUACUGGUACUGUUGCAACUACAACUAUCGCUGCAUCUGAAGGAGAUGUUCUACCACCACCACCUCCUCCUCAUGUAACCAGCAAUGGAAUACUAAAUUACUUGAGAAUUCAUAGUCAAGACCAAGACCAAGAUCAAAAAACAAUCGAACCCAUUUCCAAAAGCGUGUUGCAUUCAUCAAGUUCAACCAAUAAUGAUGAUAGUAGCCCACCCGAACUACCACCACAACCCAAAGCCGCUAUUGCCUCCGAUUUGGGCGUGUCACCGAAACUUAUGGACAAUUAUGUCAAGUCAUGUGCCGGAUAUUGCGUCAUUACCUACAUUCUCGGAGUUGGUGAUCGUCAUUUGGAUAAUCUAUUACUAUCGCCCAAUGGUAAAUUCUGGCACGCUGAUUUCGGCUAUAUAUUAGGACGUGAUCCCAAACCGUUCCCACCAUUGAUGAAGUUGCCCAUACAAGUAAUUGAUGGCAUGGGUGGAAUGGAGCAUGAGAAUUUCCAUGUGUUCAAGAAUUAUUGUUUUAUUACGUAUACUACAUUGAGAAAGAAUAGUAAUUUGAUUCUCAACUUAUUUCAGUUGAUGUUGGAUGCCAAUAUUCCUGAUAUCACAGCUGAUCCGUCACGGGUGGUUGAAAAAGUGCAAGAAAAGUUUUGUUUACAAAUGAGUGAAGAAGAGGCCAUUUUGCAUUUCCAGGAUUUGAUUAAUGAUAGCGUCAAUGCAUUUUUGCCGGUUGUUAUUGACCGGUUACAUAGUUUGGCGCAGUAUUGGCGAGCAUGA